AGCAUGUGCGCCCGGGGCAUUAUGGUCUAUGGGGUGGAUACUGCAAGGGGGAUUUACCAACGCGCUCUUGUUUACACCGGAGGGAAAUGGACUACAAGUCCCAGCAUGCCUUCGGCUUGUCACACUACAAGGCUCAGCAUAGAAUAUUACACCGAGGGGGAAGCCAAGGCCGCACCCAUGAGAGGGCGCUGUGGAGCUUGGGAGCGCCGCCAGACUCUGAUGUCCCCACAGCCAUGAUACUGACAAACGCUCCUAAUCCAGGAAAUGGAGAUCCCAAGAGGAGACGCUAAGUCAGCUGAAGGAGAACACAAACGAUUCAUCAUUCCUUCUCAGGAGCCUGAGGCAGCCCCGGUACGUUCCUUGUUUCAAGCCCCAGCAGCAGCUCAGCCAUCCGUUGUGGGGUCGGCCGGGAGUUAUGCAGAUUACAUAUUUCAGAAGGAGGCCAAAGUUCCUGAACAGAAACCUCCGUGCCAGAAGUCAGAUUUGGCCUCAGUGCAGAAGCCUCUGCUUGAGAAGUUGAAUUUGGGCCUGGAAGUGAAUGUCCAGUGCGAGAAGACAUAUUUAGGCCCAGAAUCAAAAUCUGAAAGGGAAAGCAGUGCCUUGACCUCGAAUCUAAAUGACAAGGAGGAUCCUAAGACUGCGACUGGUUCCACUGCAGGACAGACGGCCAUCCCAGUUCUUAAGCCUGGAGGCGGGAGGAGCUGUAUUGUGGUUAGCCCUCGACAGAGGGGUAACCCACUUCUUAAGCAUGUUCGAAAUAUACCCUGGGAGUUUGGAGAAAUUGUGCCAGAUUAUCUACUUGGGGAGACAUGCUGUGCCCUCUUUCUUAGUUUGCGGUAUCACAACCUGAAUCCAGAAUAUAUACACACACGGCUGAGGUCUUUGGGUCAGUCCUAUGCACUCCGGGUUCUUUUGGUGCUGGUGGAUGUGAAAGACCCACAUUUCACUCUAAAAGAGCUGGCAAAGAUCUGUAUCCUAUCAGACUGCACAUUGGUGCUGAGCUGGAGUCCAGAGGAGGCUGCAAGAUACUUAGAGACGUACAAAUGCUACGAACAAAAGCCGGCUGAUGUGCUCAAAGAGAGGACGGAAAGUGACUUCAUGUCCAGGAUUACAGACUGCCUCACCACCGUGAAGUCCGUGAACAAGACAGACAGUUGCACUUUACUCACCACAUUUGGGACCCUCGCUGACCUGGCAAACGCAUCUCGAGAAGAUCUCUCUCUUUGUCCUGGACUUGGACCCCAAAAAGCUAAGAGACUGUUUGAUGCUCUACAUGAACCGUUCCUGAAAACUAAGUAGUAGGUACCGUGACCCAGAAAAGGAAGGAAGAUCAAUAAUUUCUUAAACCUAUAUACAAAGAAUAAGGAUUUAACAGUUUUUUCAGUAGUUUUU